CUCAGCAGCGCAGCUCCUCGUACUCUGGUGAAUAUGGCGGUGGGGGCGGAAAGCGAUUUUCACAAUCCGGAAACCAAUUGGACGGACCAAUCACAGCCCUGAGAAUUCGUAACAACCGUCUCUACAUCUCCGGGAUCCAGGUGCGAUAUGGGACCACGUGGUCAGAGUACCGUGGGGGCUCAUCCGGUGAUAUGGAGGAAAUUUUCCUUCACCCCGGAGAGCACAUCAGCCAGGUAUCCGGGAAAUAUAACUCCUUUGUCCGCACGCUGAAAUUUACCACCAACAAGGGGCGCGUUUUCAAUUUCGGCAAAGACACCGGAACGGCCUUCAACGGCUCCCCCCUGUUCCCCGACACCUACCUGAGAUACAUCAGCGGAAGCUCCGGCUACGCCAUCGACGCCAUCGGCUUCCACUGGGACUCCCCCUACAGCAACUGCGUCCACUGCAACAAGUGAUUUCCAGACCGCUGUGCCGACCUGGGCUGCAGAGUAUCGCACCCCCCCCCCCUCUCCCCUCCCCCCUGUCAUCUGUCUAACUUACCCUCAUCUGUAUCAGCUCCCAAUUUUCUGUGUAUCCUCUCCUCAUAAUAAAAUCUGCAGCUACAA